CCGGGCGCGUCAAUGCGCACUGGAGACUGGAGACGGAGCAAGGGCACCCGAACCAUCCGCCUCAUUUACAGACAGACGCGAAGCCCUCUCCACAUCACUCGUCGGUUCCCACACACGGAAACUUCGUGUGAGAUUAUACGGGCGUUGGAUUAUUUCUUUAUUUCUGUAUUUCUGACGGAUUCGGCGCCUGAAUCUCGGUGUUUUAUUUAAUUUUUAAUUUUUUUGCGCGGACAUAGCCCGAGGGUCUCUCGCGUUUUUUCCUCCUCGAACGCACAGGGUCAGAGAUCCAGUCCUGGAUUUGAGUCCCCGGCUCUCCAGCAGACCACAGACCCACUGCACACUCGCACCGUAACGGAUAAAACCCGAGUAGAAGCCCGGCUGGUGGUGGAGGAAGGGAAGAGAAAGCCCUUCUCUGCGCAGUCGGAUCAAGGAUUUUGUGGAUUAAUGUUCAUGAGGACGCGAGCCUCGCUUUCCAUGGGAUAAUUGUGCGUUUAUUUCCAAGCGGGGCCCUCAGUUUAGUACAGUUUUUACCGCGAUGUUUGUAGGCUCUGCUGAAAACCGACACGGGGUGUGUUUUAAAGGGGUCAGAUCGCGGUGCUAGGCUGCACAUCACCCAACAAAUCCUGACGCAUCCGCGGCUACAUGCGUCCGCGUCCCCCCCUAUGCCACGGAGGUGUUUAGGCUGCGAGAUUCAGUUUUAUAGCCCGCUCUUAAACGCCCCCCGGGGGUUAUGGUUAUUUAUCCCCCAGAGGAGACGCUGACUGUCCCGUGAACUGCUGCUUUUUUCUCCCCCCCCCCCCCACCUCGGUGAUCUAGUCUGCAGGAGGCAGAGACUGGCGCAUGCUACAGAUUUCCUCCGCUCAUCCAGCUCAUCCCAGUUUUUCCACCGUCUCUUCUCAGGCUGCUUGUCACCGCCUGGACUCGGAUCCCGGAAUCUUCAUGAUUUGCGGACACCAUGCUCGUUUUUUAGCCGGGGAACCCUCUUUUCGUCCCGCAUGUUCAGGACCAAACGAUCGGGGCUCGUCCGGCGACUCUGGAGGAGCCGCGCGCCCGUGGAGGGCGACGGGGAGGCGGAUAGAGGGACGACGCAUGGAUCCGGGGGCUGCUGCAUGGGCAAAGCGACAAAGGUGGCCAAGUCCGGCGCCGGGUCCGAGGCCGAACUGAAGGCGUUGACCCACUCCAUACUCAAAAAGAUUAAAGAGAAACAAUUAGAGGUGCUCUUGCAGGCGGUGGAGUCCAAGGGGGGCGCACGGAGCCCCUGCUUGCUCCUGCCCAGCAAAGUGGACGCCAAAGUGGGUCAACAGUCUUACUCUCUCCCCAUGCUGCUCUACAAAGUGUUCAGGUGGCCGGACCUCAGGCAUUCCUCGGAGCUCAAGAGGCUGUCUUGCUGUGAAUCCUACGGGAAAAUCAACCCGGAGCUCGUUUGCUGCAACCCGCACCACAUGAGCAGGCUUUGUGAACUCGAGUCUCCUCCUCCUCCAUAUUCUCGCUAUCCCAUGGACUAUCUUAAACCACCAGAUUCUCCAGACUCUGGACCCUCAUCUAGUGAAACUGGGGGAACAACAUACUCGGCCCCUGUGGGGCUUUCAGAUUCCCUGGCAAUGCAGGAGUCUGGCGAGCGGUCCCAUUGGUGCGUGGUGGCAUACUGGGAGGAGAAGACACGCGUCGGGCGCCUCUACUCGGUCCAGGAGCCCUCCCUGGACAUCUUCUAUGAUCUACCUCAGGGGAACGGCUUCUGUCUGGGUCAGCUCUGCUCCGAUAACAAGUCCCAGCUGGUGCAGAUGGUGCGGGCCAAGAUCGGCUAUGGCAUCCAGCUGACGCGUGAGCCGGACGGGGUGUGGGUCUACAACCGCAGCUGCUACCCCAUCUUCAUUAAGUCGGCCACACUGGACAACCCGGACUCGCGCACGCUGCUGGUGCACAAGGUGUUCCCCGGGUUCUCCAUCAAAGCUUUUGACUAUGACAAGGCCGGCAGCCUGCAGCGGCCCAACGACCACGAGUUCACGCAGCAGCCUCGCACAGGCUUCACUGUGCAGAUAAGCUUUGUGAAGGGCUGGGGACAGUGCUACACCAGACAGUUCAUCAGCAGCUGCCCGUGCUGGUUGGAAGUCAUCUUCAACACACGAUAGCAGCAGCCUUUCCCACCUCUUCUGCCCCCUCCCCAAACAGACUACACCUUCUUUCCCUUUUUUUUGUUUUGUUCCAGGGGUUCAAAGAGAGGAAAAAGGUUUCAAAAGAAGACGAAAGUAUACGAUUCUGACGGACUUUGUUUAAUAAACGACAAAGAUUUAAUUAAAUAAAAAUAAGAAGCGAAAAAUGUAUUUUAUGUUAUAUAUAAAUAUAUUAUUAAUUGUAAAUAUGAAGACGUUUUAUAUGCAUCAUUAUUUAUGUAUUGUGCAAUGUGUUGAUGAAAAAGAAAAUAAGAUGCACUUUGCUUAAUAUAAAUGCAAAACAAAGAAAUGCCAAAAUAAAAAAAAUGUACAAAUAACACGUUUUA